AAGAGCGAGAAGCAGGAGGAACAAGAGGAACCCCACGGUAGCCAUGACUGAUGUCCACGGUAUUUUUGGGACCUGCGUUGUCAUCCUUUGGGCUGAAAAGCGCCGUCUAUCGGGUUUGCUUUUUUGGACUUGAUCAAGCGAUGACCAGCACCCAGAGUGGCCCAUGGAACCAGCCCGUAUCCUGGAUUCCGUAACAUUAAAAGCUCCACCAAGUUUCAGACGCCACGGAUUGCCAUUAUUCCUGAUCACCAUGUUCCCUCACUCAGGCAAUGUACGCGUCUUACGCAAAGCCAGAGAUCCGUGCGCGUCCAAGUCUUCGGGACAUGCGAUGUCGCAUCGCUGUUUCUCUCCUUCCCUAUGUCCUGCUGGCCGUGCAAGACUAUCAGUUGGCAUCGACGACAUUCCUGGACACGCUCGAAUCUGCAUCACCGGUGGCAGUUCUAUCCGCGAUCUCUGUGGAGAUGCCGCUUCCUCUUCACUGUACCAGCAAACUCUCGCUUUUGAAACCGAGCGACGUUAUGGACUACCUUUUCGAUGGCUAUUCCUAUCCUCCUUUCGACGCGUCAUCACUCUUCCAUAUAGUUUCGACUGCACCCCCCGGGGCAUAGAACACAAAGUCCCUGAGUUUGCUCGAAUAUCCGUUUACAUAAACGACGCCUUAAUGCCAGUGCUGUCAGCUCUCUGGCAUAUCGGCGGCGCGUGGCAUUCGCUUCACGGGCUGGGUUCGAAUCCCAGCAAGAGAGAUCACAACAUGCGCCUUCCUUAAGAAGGGAGGGCGUGUGUUGUGCAUUAUUUUUAUUUAUAAUAAGGUGAAUUCUUUCUUCAGUUCCACUUUCUGGCUCGACGUCCCAUUUUAAAGUCCAG